UCGGAAAAACCCACAGAGGGAAAACCCUCGGCCUGGAUCGGAGGUUCACAAUGCGGAGAGCGUUAAGCUCGGUGGUCCGACGACCUCUGGCGGGGCAGCGGGGUUUCUGCACGGGCUCCGACAAAAUCGUGGCGUCUGUUCUCUUCGAGAGGUUGCCCGUCAUUAUUCCCAAGAUCGACCCCGUCGUUUACGCUUUUCAGGAGUUCUCAUUUAGGUGGCGACAACAAUACAGGAGGAUAUAUCCCGAAGAACUUUUGGAGAAAUCAGGUUCUAAGGAGAAAGGGGAGUACCAAAUUGAUUAUGAACCGGCUCCACGAAUCACUGAAGCUGACAAAAAGAAUGAUAAAAAGUCGUUACAGAGAGCACUUGACAGAAGACUCUAUCUUCUUCUCUUUGGUAACCCAAACGGUGCUCCUACUGGUGAGCCCGUUUGGCACUUUCCAGAAAAAGUUUACGAGUCAGAGGAGACGUUACGCAAGUGUGCAGAGUCUGCUCUAGAAAAUGUCAUCGGAGACCUAUCCACUACGUAUUUUGCUGGAAAUGCCCCUGUGGCCCAUAUGGUUGUACAAAAUCAGCCAGACUCUCAAUCUUUUAAGCGAUUCUUCUUCAAAUCUAAUGUUGUUGGAACCAAUAACAAGUACAACAUGAGAAAGUGCCAGGAUUUUGUAUGGGUGAACAAGGAUGAAAUUCUGGAGUAUUUUCCUGAGCAAGCGGAAUUCUUUAAGAAGCUAAUCAUUGGCUGAUUCGACGUGUAUGUUUCUUUUUUAUGCAAUUUCCAGUCAACAAGAUGAAUUUUGACAGGCAAAUUGAAAAGCUCAAGCUGAGAAAGAGAAUCUUAGGCCUGAUGUUUUAAAGAGUUUCUAGACACUGAGGAUCACGUGAUUCAACCUUAGAUCAGGACUUGAAUUUUCAGUGCAUCCAAUCU